AAGAAGAAAAAAAAAAAAAAAAAAGAAGGGAAGAUAUCGAAGUCGACUGCACAUCACCACAUGCAAGACAACACAAACAAUGCAUUGGACACAAUGUUUUUGUUCUUGCUCGGAUGAGACCUUCUGCUUUUGUUUAUCUCGCCCGUGUCCUUCUAAAUGCCUUUGUCAUUGCGUCCUGCCUGCUGUGCUUUGUUCGCAUUUUUUUUUCUCGGUUUGCACAAGAGAGAAGAGAAGCGCGCAAAGAAUGCAACAUGGUGCUUACAUGGAUGGUGGUGUCGUUGUUACAAAUGACUGAUGGUGUGUACCUUGAUGGCAGGAUGUGUUGCGUUGCGUUUCCUUAGGUGGGGGUAAGUUAUUUCUUUCGUCGUAGCCCGAGAACGGUGGGA